AUGGAAAUCUCUUCUUUAUCAUUUUUCCCAGAAGACUACUCGUCAAACUUCUGUUCUUUAAGUCAAGACCCAGACCCCAAUAGUAUGUCAAUAAACAAUACUACUAAUAAGCGCCCAGGAGUUGAAAUUUUUUGUAAUGAAUUGGGGACAGAUUUACUAAGCGAACUGUUGGGUUUUAAUAGUCAAAUAGAAGCCCAGAAAGCAACGAAGAACGAACAAUCCGUAAAUUAUACACAUCGAGAUUCCAUCUCGGAGUCGAGGAAUAAGCGAGCGAGUCAAGAGAUGGAUGAGGGUGAAAAUUACUUGAAUUUUAUUCAGAAUCAAGAUGCUUUUAUGGGUUCGAAUUCUGGGCAAUCGUCUUAUGCAAAGAGGACUCGUUCGGAUAGUUAUGAUGUGAUGACAAAGUCAGAUGAGUCCACCGGUGGUGCAGGUGGCAGCUCACAGCGGAGACUCUGGGUGAAAACCCGGUCUAAAGCAUGGUGGGAGCAAGUUAGCAGCCCGGAUUUUCCAGAAGAGGAGUUUAAGAAGGCUUUUAGGAUGAGCAGAGCAACAUUUGAUAUGAUUUGUGAGGAGCUCGAAUCAGCCGUGACGAAAAAGGACACAAUGCUGCGGUUGGCAAUUCCGGUUCGCCAGCGUGUGGCCGUGUGUAUAUGGAGAUUGGCCACGGGUGAGGCUCUUCGUGAAGUUUCGAAGCGUUUUGGGCUGGGAAUUUCUACCUGUCACAAGUUGGUUCUUGAAGGUUGUUCUGCUAUAAAGAGUGUGCUAAUGCCAAAGUUCUUGCAGUGGCCAGAUGAGAAUAGAAUGGAGGAGAUUAAAAGGGAGUUUGAAUUUGUUUCCGGGAUACCAAAUGUGGGUGGCGCAAUGUACACAACACAUGUUCCUAUCAUUGGUCCAAAGGUUAAUGUAGCGGCUUAUUUUAACAAGAGGCAUACAGAAAGGAAUCAGAAGACUUCUUACUCGAUUACUGUUCAAGGUGUAGUUGAUCCUAGGGGAGUUUUUACAGACAUUUGUAUUGGGUGGCCUGGCUCAAUGACUGAUGAUCAGGUGUUGGAACAGUCCGCCCUUUCCCAGAGGGCGAGUCGAGCAGUUUUGAAUGAUGUUUGGGUGGUUGGGAGCUCAGGGUAUCCAUUAAUGGAUUGGGUUUUGGUUCCUUAUACUCACCAGAAUCUUACCUGGACGCAACAUGCUUUGAAUGAGAAAAUUGAGGAGGUUCAAAGGGUUGCCAAGGAUUCUUUUAUGAGAUUGAAAGCAAGGUGGAGUUGCCUUCAGAAGAGAACAGAGAUGAAACUUCAAGAUCUUCCAGUAGUUCUUGGGGCAUGCUGUGUUUUGCAUAACAUAUGUGAGAUAAGAAAUGAGGAUUUGAGUCCAGAGUUAAGGUUCAACCUAUUUGAUGAUGAAAUUAUCCCCGAGAACAAUUUGAGGUCGAUUAAUGCUAUGCACGCGAGAGACCAGAUUGCUCAUAAGCUCUUGCACCAUAAUCUUGCUGGCAUGAAUGUCCUGUGA